GUCAUUAUAGGCUCCCUCGAUAUUGUGGCACAGGAGCUUAAAAACCGGGCCACGUCCGCUCCCCGCUGCCGAUCUCCAGUGCUAAGAAGCAGUAGUCGAACUUUCAAUGGUACGCCACACUGGAGAGGCUCACGUGUGGCCAAAAUUCAGCCUGAGGCGCACACAAUAGAUGCACUUACGCAUCCACUGACGUCGAUCCCACAGAUCACUACUGGAGCUGCUCUAGUGUCGUCGAAAGCAACCGAACAAUGUCUUCCAGCUUCGAUGUGACGAUCGCCUCGGCAUCUUCACGAGUGGUUAGCGACAACUCCUGUAUAAAAUGAUGGGUUGCCGAAUAGUCACAUUCCAGAGCAAACACGCGAAGCCGCUCAAUCAAACAUGCGCUUCCUCGGCCUCCUCAGUCUGGCCUCGCUCACAUGGGCCGGCACAAUACAAAAACGAGCUUCCGCUGAAGAUGUAAACAACGACAUUACGGGCAUCGACAUCGCAGUCCGCAACCUCACAGCAGUCGUCACUGCCUAUCAGGGCGGUAUACAAGAAGCCAGUCCGAUCUUCGCUGCCGCUCUGGCCAUCCACGAUAUCAACCGAAAAGGCUUCCGAGAUGCGAAAGCGGCUCCCCCAUUCACUUCUGCCGAGUCCAAAGUCAUCGCAGAUAACGUUCAGGACAGUGUCGGUGUCAGCAUUCCAGCUGGCGUAACCAUCAUUGAAGGCAAGAAGCCCUUGUUCGAUGCCGCGGAGUUGACAAGUCUGAUCAAGGCCACCAUCGAUCUGCUCAAGGGAGAUCACGAGAGUUUUAGCUUGGCUGUCGCAGCGAAGUUGAGCUUGGAUCAGUUUGCUCCGGCAGCUGCUGGAGCUGGGAAAAUUGACGCUUCGCUGCAGAAGGCGUCGUUGUACUAUACUCUGUAGUCAUGGAACGGCAAGUGCUCCGUGCACACAUCAGAAGAUUAUUAUCCUUGUCGUUUUGACAUGAUGCGAUCAACCUCUUUCCAAGCCUUCGAGAGCCGCUGCAAGUCGUGCAUUGUACACGUGAUCCCCGCCUCGAAAGUCCCGGCAUAUGAGGUUGUGGAGACCUUUGAGUAAUGCCCUGACUGUGAAUUCAGAUCCAGUGCUAUCCAGAGUACUGGGGAUUGCGUCGCCAUCGAUGGGCGAUAUCGCCGAGUCCAGAUCUAUGCUGGCAGAAGUAUUCAUGGCUACAAUGACUCCCAUGGCCAUGUCAAACAUCUUGGAAAUGAACCCGACACCAUGGAUUUCCAUCGAUGCCAACUCCAGCGUUUCACAAUAGCGCAGUGCCGCAUGCGCAACGUGACAAGCAAAGUCGACUCGCAACUCACAAUGAUCCGACUGCUCCCGCAAUAGCUGAUGGGAUAGACAGAGAGUCCACAGCCGAUUUAAUGUCCAGAACUGUGUCACGGAAAUAUCGGCUUGUUGGCUUUCAAAGAGCUGCGCAAGUGGCAGUGGUGUGACGGAAGGAGCAAAGGAGAUGUUGCCAGAGAUGGAAGCUUCACGGACCCGUCUCUGCGCUCGAAACAUUUGCAUAGCUUUGCGUCGAUCGAAGUCUUCGCAGUUGCCAUCACUAUAUCGACAAAAUCCAUUCCAACAGUCCAUGACGCUCUCAUUGAUAGCAUCGAGUGUGUCCAUGAGGUACAGCAGCCCCGUCAUACCCACCGAGUCGGACUGGUCCUGGUAUAUGAGAGAGGAUAUGUACUCGCUGGUCACGAGUGGGUCAAAGGCCUGCAUGAAACGGACAGUGAUACCGGGUUGCCCGCGAAAACUGAUGGGAUGGUACCGUUGUAGAGCGUAAGCGCGUUCAGUGACGGAUAAGACCAAGUACGUGCGUAGCCAUUGUUCUUUGACCUCUGAGGACAGCCCCACGUAAGAAUCGGGCAGGUGAAGUCCGAGCGAGUGAGCCAGAUCCACUGCUUCUCGCAAUCGAUGUCGAGCCGCCUUGUGCUGACUACUGCCGAAAAGACACGCGAACAAGAAGAAGCUGGUCAGAACCAUCUCCACUGUGGGAUUCUCUCCAAAAUCUGCUGAAACACGCAUCUUGACGCACUCGUCCAGUAACAGGCGCCCCUGUUCUAUUCGUGAUGUCAGGGAAGCAUGCUCAUGUGUCUGAACGGGUUGUGUCAUAGCAAAGGCACAGAGACCCAGCAGCAUAGCACCAUACUGGGGAUCCGUGCGAU